GUGUCUUUUGCAAAAUCAUAUAUGUAUCUAGGCUUGGGACCUGAUAUUGAAGUAGGGAAGGUUUUUCCAUUGCCAUCAUUUUAUUUAAGAUCCUUAUACAGUAGUAAGAAAGUUUCCAAAAGAGUGGAAAUUUUACCACAUAAAUAUUUGAAAAAUUUUAAGAAUGUAAUGCAACAAAGUGAUUCCGUAUUUAUAAAAGGAUAUAACCAGGCAAGAGGUUUCAUGGCAGCAGCAAUAAGCAAUUUAGAUGUUGUUUACAUCAGCACUAAUAACAGCUUCCAGGAGAGGUAUAAAUGGGCUAUGAUCAUUUCAGGUAUUACUUUAUUACUGCUUCUUCUUGCUAUAGCUAGUAUUCUUAUUUGGCGACAUGUUAUGAAAAGAAGAAAAUCUGCGUUCAAAGGAACUAGGCCUGAAAGAAGAUACUCGGAGCCAACAAAUCUUUAUAAUACGAAUUGGGUUUACACAAAGGUAACUGAAGGUGAUUUAACUAGUCCUCAAAUACCAGCAUUCCCAGUCGCCUCAGGAUUUGAUUCACAUCAUAGUGAUGCAGAGGAUACUACCAAAAGACCCGAGUUUAACAGACAGGUGGCAUUUAGCUCACAUUCCAGUGACAGAAAAGAUCCUUCACAAAGCCCAGCUUUUAGCAGAAUGCCAGAGUCUUCUUCACAUUAUAGUGAGGUGCCUAUGUCUUUCCAAAGCUCUAAUUUUGGCGCGCAUCCAGUAUUUGGAGAAUAUGAAGCUCGGCAGCAUUCUAAUUCAAUCAGUGAGUCAUCUGAUGAGGAAGCUGAUGAAGAUGCAAAGCCGCAGGCAUAA